AAUUCGCGCCAGAUGUAGUAAAUAAAACCUUUGGCUUAAGACAGGCAGGGGACAGGCAAUAAAGCCAUAUUUUGAGAGCGUCUAUGUUACGUUUAACAAUGCGUAAACUCAAGAACGAAGUCGUAGAAAUGGCGGAAGGUGUGAAACCGAAGCGAAAGAGGCAGAAGACGCGUGCAAAGGAGGAGCCCAUGCGUGCUGUAUCCCUUUCCACCUAUCACACCUUUCCGGACCCUGCUGACAUUGCCCACUUGCGGACUCACCUGCUGAGCUGGUACGACUUGGAGAAACGAGAACUGCCAUGGAGGACUCUGGCAUUGACCGAGGAUGACAUCAACAAAAGGACAUAUGCAGUGUGGGUGUCUGAGAUCAUGCUGCAGCAGACCCAGGUUGCCACGGUGAUAGACUAUUACAACAAAUGGAUGAAGCGCUGGCCCACGGUGUCAGAUCUUGCAGCUGCAACACUAGAGGAAGUCAAUCAGAUGUGGGCAGGCCUUGGCUACUAUUCAAGAGGGAAACGUCUUCAUGAAGGCGCCCAAAAGGUGGUGUCCAAGCUUGACGGACAGAUGCCUGUCACGGUAGACAGCUUGCUGAGACAACUACCAGGAGUUGGCCGUUACACCGCUGCAGCCAUUGGCUCCAUUGCGCUGGGACAUGUUACUGGAGCUGUGGAUGGCAAUGUGAUUCGGGUUCUGUGUCGCAUGAGGGCCAUCGGGGCCGACUGCACGAGUCCUACAGUCACAGAGACACUUUGGGGUCUGGCUAAUACGUUGGUGGACUCUGAGCGCCCAGGGGACUUCAACCAAGCCAUGAUGGAGCUAGGGGCUCGAAUCUGCACCCCCAAGGCUCCUCUUUGCAACCAGUGUCCUGUGCGUUCUUUCUGCCACUCAUUCCGCAAGGUUCAUGUCAAACAAGAGAAAACCUCCAGGAAGCUGUUGGUGAAAAAAGACGUGAAACCUCCGGUAUUCCCUGACAUAGAAGACUGUGGGACAGAUGGAAGAUGUCCUCUGUGCCCGUCCGAGCCUUGGGAUGAGGAACUGGGGGUCCAAAACUUCCCAAGAAAGCCAGCAAAGAAGCCCCCCAGAGUGGAGCGAACCUUAACCUGCGUGGUGACCCAACACGGGGAAGAAGGCGAGGAGGCGUUUCUGCUCAUGCAAAGACCAGAUAAAGGUUUGCUGGCAGGAUUGUGGGAAUUUCCCAGUCGGCUGUUAGAGGAGGAUAUGUUGGAGAAGGAACACAAGGGGGUGCUGUGUGCUGACCUUAGCAGCCUCUUGGGAGUACAAGUGAUUGACAGCUCUCUCCAGUAUGUGGGAGAUGUGGUCCACGUCUUCUCACACAUCCACCAGACAUAUGUUGUUUACACUUUGUGUCUAAGAGAUGCUGUCAUGCCAACGCAGACUGAGAACACACAAUGGCUCAGCAGGUCGGCGCUGCAUGAAGCCGCUGUGUCUACGGGGGUGAAAAAGAUUGUCAAGCUCUGUGACUCUGUGGGCCUUCAGUCGGAACACACGUCUCUGGAUGGCAAGAGGGGAAAGAGCGCUGAGAAAAAAGACGGCAAGAAAGGAAAGAGGGGCACAAAGAAAAACAUUUUUAAGAGUAACGGUAGCAAAAAACAGCUGUCACUCACGUCUUUCUUUGGGACAGCAAGGCAGGAACCUUGAUGAAAGUUCUAAAUGGUACAUUACUACAUCCAUUUAUAAAACAAGAUUAUAUCUACUUUUAUGUUUUUAAAUCAUGCUCGUAGUAGUCACUUGUUUUUAAAAAGUAAUAUUACAGUGUUUUGGGUAUGUGUGUUUUAUUAGCACUAGACAGUUGUCAUGAUAAUUUUGCAAGUGUCAUUGUGUACAUUUCAUAGUCUUACAGACAAUAAAUAUCUUGAAAAUAUUUAUUUUGUGUGUUUUGGCUGAUAGAUUUUUGGUGUAUGACGGGAAUGAGAUCAGAAAUUUGGGUAAUAUACA